AGCAAACUACCCUUUACAUUAUCAUUUUGUUAAAAUUUCUCCCCUAUCUUAGCCGGCUUUUCUUCACUGAACCCUGCCCCCUCCCUGAUUGAUGCUUUCUUCAAGGUCAAUCGUUCGCUCCCAUGGGCUCGCAGACAUAAUUUGAAGCACUGGAGGCCUAUCCCUAUUCGAUCGAAAUGCCUCUCCUUCACACCAUUUCUCUGCCAACUCUUUGUUCUCCGGCAUCAAUCGUGAAAUUAGAGGCUGGCUUCGUGAAGCGUCCGUCAAUCCCUGCUGCUCUUACUUCAGUUCGUCCUCGUCGACGGGGAUGUUGCUCCUGCUCGGCCGUAUCGAGGAACUCUGAUUCGGAAUCCGCUUCCGGAAGCAGCUCCAAGUCCAAAAGCAAGGCCAGUUCCAAAGAAGCUGCUUCUGCGGAGGAAGAUGAGGAGAUUUUCGUCCCUCGCAAGCCGAGGCGCGGCCGCCGGAGCGAAGCUGCUGCCGUCGAGGAUUUCGUGCGCGACCAUCUGAAGAGAACCUUCGCGUCGAUUCGACAGCAGGAGCAGGACCCGGAGUUCCUGGAGAAGAUGAAGAAUUUGAUGAAGGACGGUGAGGGAAACCUAGAUUCUCAGUUCACGGACAUCGACGGCGGCGACGAAGAAGAAGAGGAAGGAAUAGAUGGAGAGGAGGACAAGAGUAAGAAGAGGACGAUGGUGGAGGAAGAGGACCCGGACUGGCCGCUGGAUGCCGACGUUGGGUGGGGAAUCCGAGCGUCGGAGUAUUUCGAGCAGCAUCCUAUCAAGAACGUCGCAGGUGAAGAUGGGUUCGAGAUAGACUGGGAAGGGGAGCUUGACGAAGGUUGGGUUCAGGAGAUCAACUGUUUAGAGUGGGAGAGCAUCGCCUUCCAUCCCAGCCCCUUAAUCGUUCUCGUUUUCGAAAGAUACAACAGGGCUAGUGAUAACUGGAAGACAUUGAAGGAGCUGGAGAAGGCAGCCAAGGUGUACUGGAGUGCGAAGGAUCGAUUGCCUCCUCGGACAGUGAAGAUUGAUCUGAACAUUGAGAAAGAUUUGGCAUAUGCCCUGAAAGCUAGAGAAUGCCCUCAGAUUCUGUUUCUAAGAGGCCAGAAGGUUGUUUACAGGGAGAAAGAAUUUCGAACAGCAGAGGAAUUGGUACAAAUGAUUGCACAUUUUUACUAUAAUGCGAAAAAGCCUUCAUGCGUUAAAGACGACGUUGUUACUGCUUAGUGGGGCAGGCAGCUACUUGAGUUAUGGUAAGAGCAUAGUGAUCGUUUCUUGAUUGCAUCCGUUGCCUCCAUUCUCUGCAUAACAUAGUAAGGUCUUCAGACACAGGCAAAGAUUGAUGGUGAAGAAGCUGAUAAGAGAGUAUCAAUGUAUCAUGUCUUUGGCUGACUAUCGAUGCUGUUGGUCAAGUAAGAUACAUAUUAGUUCUUUUGUUUCAAUGAUUCGGAGGCGCCAUUUUGCACUCUUCUUCAAUUAGGGAACCUCAAAUUGACCUACCAUGACUGAAGGUCUGAAGCCACCACAUCUGGUUCAAGCUGAGCAGCAGUGUGGUGCUUUUUCACCCUCAGGAACGGAUGUGCUGGUCAUGUUUAGAACCGGAAAGAAGCUGUUUAGAUAGAGGAUGAGACCGUUGUACUGUUGAUUUGUUGCCAAGCACGAGCUUGGUUCUGCAAUCCGAUAAACAGGGUGCCUUUUUCUUGUAUCCUUGUUGCAGCUAUUGUUUGUGGACUCAGGCAGGGAAGCAUAACUACUACGUGUACCUGUGAUGUUGCAGCUUGUGGUGCACUGGGACGGCAGACAAUUUUGCAGAGGGUAUUUGGUGAGCCUGAUUCUGCAGAUUCCAUAGCUUCAUAUCGCGUAUCACGCUCACGUCUGCUCAUGUACUUGUUGGAAUCCCAGUUCACUACUGCCCAAAGGUCUCGAUGGAAGUAAGGCUCGUCGUCUUUCCAGGGCGAUAAAAUGUAUCGAGUGUUGGAAGACCACCUUGAUGUUUCAAACUAUUUGUCUGUACCACUCGAAACUCGAGAUCAAAUAAUUAAGCUUGGCAUUCGUAUUUAAUUUUAGAGCUCAAAACUUGUCUGGCAUUGGACUAAUACUCUUUUCGUAAGAUAAAAUUACAUUUUUCAAUUUAUCUGACAUUGGACUAAUACUCUUUUCGAAAGAUAUCAUAAAAUUGCAUUAUACGCAAUAAGAUUCUAGAAGCUGAAUUGUUUUUGUGCGUAAAUUAAAUUUAGCAUAAACA